GAGUUUGUUUUUGAAUGAAAACAGUUGUGCUGCUGCAGCUUUGGUCUGGAAUCGACCAUUACAUAUGCAAUAAUCUACGAAAUGGAAGCGGAACUUGUGCCCGCUGCAAUUCCGGGCCAAAUUGAGAUGCAGGAGCCGCUGUCGAAGCUCACAUUUCUGCACGCGCUUGUUGCCGGUGGUGUUGCGGGGUUCGUGGUGGAUAUUGUAUUGUUCCCCAUCGAUACUGUCAAGACGCGGUUGCAAAGCGAGUUGGGUUUCUGGCGUGCCGGUGGCUUUCGCGGAAUUUACAAGGGCAUCGCACCGGCGGCGGCAGGCAGUGCACCAACUGCAGCCCUCUUCUUUUGCGCUUACGAGUGCGGAAAGCAGCUUCUCAGCAAUGCGAGUAACACCAAAGAUUCACCUUAUGUUCACAUGGCAGCUGCUUCUGCAGCGGAAGUGCUCGCCUGCCUAAUACGUGUACCUGUGGAAAUUGCCAAGCAACGUUCCCAGACCUUAUUGGGUCACAAACAGCACCAGACAGCGGUGCAGAUCUUAUUGCGCGCCUAUCGUACCGAGGGCCUGCGUCGUGGAAUCUAUCGCGGCUUUGGCUCGACAAUAAUGCGCGAGAUACCCUUUAGUUUAAUACAGUUCCCCCUGUGGGAGUACCUUAAGCGACAGUGGACGCCAAUGACUGGUUACGGGUCGACGCCGCUAACUGUUGCGCUCUGUGGCGCAGUUGCCGGUGGCAUUUCGGCUGCAUUAACCACUCCGUUGGAUGUGGUGAAAACCCGUAUAAUGCUCGCUGAUCGGGAGAGCGCGACGCGACGUCGCAAUAUUCCAUCCAUUCUGCAUGGCAUUUAUAUGGAACGAGGGCUCAGCGGUCUGUUUGCGGGCGUUGUGCCGCGUGUGCUCUGGAUUACACUGGGCGGAGCGUUCUUCUUUGGCUUUUAUGACCUAACUACGCGUCUUCUGGGCAAAGCAAAUACUGAUAACUAAAUGUUAUCUUAAGGCACAUAUUUUACACAAUUUUAACAAUUGAACAAUAGUCUGAGGCUUAAUUGUAUAAAGUGGGUACAAAACUCGAUUCUAUUAUUGGCGAACCUCAAUCUGCCAUCAACAGACGAUAAUGUAGACAAUAAAAUUAAAGUUUAUGAAAUAUUAGAAGCUAAA